AUGUCUUACCAACAGCAGCAGUUCCAGCAGCCCUGCCAGCCUCCUCCUGUGUGCCCACCCCCAAAGUGCCCAGAGCCUUGUCCUCCCCCUAAAUGCUCAGAGCCUUGUCCUCCUCCACAGUGCCCUGAGCCGUGUCCUCCUCAGCCAUGUCAACAGAAAUGCCCUCCUGUGCAACCUCCUCUACCCUGCCUGCAGAAGUGCCCACCCAAGAGCAAUUAG